AUGCAGAUAAUUGAAUCCAUUUUGCAACAAACGAUGGAGCAAGAAGCGUUCCAGUUGCAGGAAGAAACUUCGGGUAUGAAGUUGGAACUAUGGGAGACUACUGUUACGCGAGAAUUGCGUUGUCACUUGGAAGACCUCGCAGAGAGGCGGAAGGAAAUUGUUCGAAGAAUUCGACAAGAGGGAAAGGGAACAGACCAGAGGGCUAUGCAAGACAUUUGGAAAGAAUAUGCCCAAGUUAAGGCUGGACUCAACUCUGCCUUGACCGAGGCGCGGAAAUUGAGGACGAUAUACAUAUGCACGGCGUGGAUUAGCAUCAUAUUUGCCAAAAUGUUGGUGGAUCGUUGGGCUGAUCGUGGUUCGGACUUGGAGUGA